CACCAAUCGGCAGCUGCAACGACCUUCAUGUAGUCUAUUUACCAUUUAAUCAUAUCUUUAAAGGAUUCUUCGAACGAAUGCUGCUCGUUAAAAAAAUAAAUAUUUAAUCAUUCUCACUCUAAUAUAAAUAAAUAUUUAUUCACGUUGGGGCGUAGGUUCCAGAAUGUCCGAUUCUAUACGUUGUGGGUUCGAUUCCCAUCUGGUUCGGCUAAUAUUAAAUUCUUGCCAGACUUGGGAAAAAAAUCUUGACAUUCCCACUCAACUAAGUACGCGGCGGCAACCUCAAGGUAGCCGUCAGGGGUUGGCCAAAAGGAUUGGACCCACUUGCUGCCCAAGGUUUUCCCACCAGUAGCAGUACCAGGAUGGCAUAAGUUGGCUAAUUGUUCAUAUCUUUUAAUCUACGUAUGUUCUUUGGCGGACUAUCGAAGCAAAGGCCUUUAUUAUAGCAGCGAACUCUAGCUCGAAAAAGUUAUGGAGAUUCCUGUGACAGAAUGGAUGUCAUUGGUGAGGGAAAACAGAAGCUGGUAUACCGGAAGAGAGGCUACAGGAGAACCAGAUGGCCUCUUGGAAAUCUUAGGUGAUGGUAUGGAUACCUUUUUAGAGACCAGAAGCAUCAGGUUCACCUUACCGGACUGGAUGAAAGCCGAAAAGAACAAGGUUGAUGUAGACAUCAUGAAAGCAAUUGUCCCUGAUAAAUCUUCCUUCAUUGGUAGAAGGAAAGGUGGAGGUGGAAAGAAAGGCAUGGGAAUGGGAAUGAUGGUGAUGGCCAUGGCCGGUAAGAUGGCGAUGAUGUCAAUGGGUCUCAUCAAAAUGAAAGCAAUGAAAGCACUCAUCAUAGGCGCAAUUGCUCUAGCACUUGCCAAGGUUCAGUUGUUCAAGAUGUUAACAUCCAAAGGAGGAGACGGUGGAGAAAGUCAUGUUAUAGUGCUGAGUGGAGGAGGAGGAGGUGGAGGACAUGGAGGAAGUGGAGGAGGACAUGGAGGAGGUGGCGGACAUGGUGGAAGUAGUGGAGGACAUGGCGGUGGAGGUGCUGUCCAUGUGGUCCAUGAAUCAUAUGGUCCCCCAACUGAUAGCUGGAGUGGUGGUGGUGGUGCAGACAGUUGGGGAGGUGGUGGCGGUGGAGGAGGACAUGGAGGCUGGUCUUCAGGAGGCGGAGGAGGAGGAAGCAGUGGACACGGAGGUGGUGGAUGGUCAUCAGGAGGAGGCGGAGGAGGUGGUGGUGGCUGGUCGUCUGGAGGAGGAGGAGGGUGGGGAAAGAGAGCCUAUGGUUCUGACAGUUCGUACACUGUUUCUACUGCUGCCAGUCAGGUUGUCGAAUAGGCAAGGAUUGGAUCUUUGAAAACUGAUAGUUAAAACAAUAAGUUGUCCGGCAACAGCGGUGAUGCGUACACGCAUUAGCAGCCUUUUCAUUCAAGGCUGCUAUUCCUGUGUUCUUCCUUUUCCUGGCAAGGAGAACAUGAAAUGAACCAGUGUGAGUAGGUAAACACCCCAGUCGCCAUCUCCUUGCUUCCACCACUUCCACUGCUCCCAUACUUCUUUUUUUUGGCAGGUUAUGCUGCAAAAUUCAAG